AUGGACCCCUUCAAAGCACCCUCUUAUCUCUUUGGAUCAAUUAUGGCUUUUCCGCAUACCAUGGUUGCUCGAACUAUCGCUGUCUUAGGAAUGGAUUUUGUCAUGGUCGACGCAUUGCAUACUCCUAUCGAUACCGAGAACCUAGUCCGCAUCAUACAGACCAUCAACUUCUGUAGCGAAGGCAGGACAGUCGCCGUUGUGCGGGUCCCGUCUGCACACUCGGAUCUGCUAACGCACGCCCUUGACGCAGCUGUCAUAUGCCAGAUUGAGAGCCAGCUUGCAAUGGAAAACGCAGACGCUAUCGCAGCCACUCAUGGCGUAGAUUGCCUCAUGCUAGGCCCGGGAGACCUUCGCCUCUCGUUGGGUCUUCCUGCUCGGAAGUUCGGUCAACGCGACGACCCGAGAUUUCUUGAAGCCGUCAAUCGACUUGUUGAGGUGAAACAUCGACACGGAAAGCCUUUGAUGACCGUAUCCUUCAAGAUCUCGGCAGAAGAGGAUUCGUGGAUACAGCAUUUCAACCUGUUACUAGCCACUGCAGAUUUUGUAGACGUGGUCAAAGGUCAUCAAACUGCUUUGGAGACGAUUAAAGGUACCCUUGCGGGUCUGAAUGAGAGGCUGCCGCCACCCAUGGAUGUUGACGAGAAGAUCAAGGGACGUCGCGAUAGUCACGAGGAAUGA